AUGGCAGCUGAAAAGGCGUUCGCGCCAGGAGACCAGCGCCGUAAAGAGUCUAACAACUCAACACUUUUACCCCUGCCGGUCCAAAUUCCCCCUGCUCUGGUACCUACGAAGAAGCAGAGUGGUGUUCGAAAAGCACUCUCAAUUUGCUUUUUAUUCGUCUUGAUUUACUGCCUUCAUAAUCUACCCAGCAGCCAAGUCAGGUCUGACAAACCAGCGGAGCGGUUAGGCCAAACAGCACACCAUCCCCGGCAUCCGCCCGUUGGAAAACGAGCAGAAGAAGCAUUUCUGAGUAUUCCAAAUAGCGCGGAUGCCAUUCAAGCGUCGAGGUUAUUUGCCACAAAACCUCACAUGGCUGGAACACCCGGCGACCUUGAGACUGCAAAAGACUUUUUAAAGCUUCUGCAGCGGGAGCUUGGGAUAUCGCCUCCUGAGGUCGAGCCCAUUUUUUCAGCUGGCUCGUCGGAAUCGCAGCAUGCAACACGUUCCAUCCCACAAUCCCGAAAGCCUAGUGCCUGGAUUGAUACAUACUAUCCUGUCAUGAAUACCCCUUUGGAUCGUAACCUUCAAAUUGUUGAUGCAAAUGGGACUCUGGUUUUUGAAGCAAAUUUGGUGGAGUUUUCUGACUCAACGGACCCAGAAGCAGGAAAAUAUUUUGAUGAUGUGCCUACCUUCCACGGUCUGAGCCGAGGAGGAGAUGUCACAGGUAAACUUGUCGACGGAAAUUAUUGCACACAAGAGGAUUAUCAAAAUCUUUUAGCCAAAGACAUCAAUAUCAACGGUACCAUUGUUCUUUGCCGGUAUGGUGGAAUAUUUCGGGGAUUAAAGGUCAAAGGGGGCCAAGAUCUGGGAGCGUCAGCGGUACUUAUUUAUUCAGAUCCUCAAGAUGAUGGAACAGUCACUGUAGAAAAUGGUUAUCUUCCGUAUCCAUAUGGACCUGCAAGAAAUCCCACAUCCGUGCAACGGGGCAGCGUGCAAUAUCUUAGUGUUUAUCCAGGGGAUCCAACUACUCCCGGGUACCCGUCGUACGAAAACAGCACGCGAACUGAAGGAUCAAACAUUCCUCUGAUCCCAAGUUUACCAAUCUCCUGGGAAAAUGCCGGCCUUUUGUUCAAGACUCUGACGAGCGGCGACGAAUGGGAGGGUAAACAUGUAAGGCUUGUAAAUAAUGUCGACACUCGAGUCAUUCCUGUGUGGAACACAAUGGGCGUUAUCCCCGGUUUUAUUAGGAAUGAAGUUGUAGUUAUUGGAAAUCAUCGAGAUGGUAUGUAUCUACCUAUUAUUUCCACGAGAAGAUGUAGUAACUCCUCUGGUACAAUUUCUAGCUUGGGUGUCAUGGGUGCUGCAGACCCCUCCAGUGGCACUGCGUCCAUUCAUGAAGUCGUUAGAGGUCUAGGACAUCUUUUACGUCGUGGAUGGAAACCAUUGAGGACUAUUGUCAUUGCUAGUUGGGAUGCAGAAGAGUAUGGUCUUAUUGGAAGCACUGAAUGGGGAGAAGAUUUUGGAGACUGGAUUGACCAACAUGUGGUUGCCUACUUGAACCUUGACUCUUCUGUUUCUGGUUCGCGACUCGGGGCGUCUGGUUCUCCCCUACUUGCCCACUUCAUCCGAGAAACUGCUCAACAGAUUCCCCAUCCCACUGAUGAGGGCCGGACGUUAUGGGAUGCCAGACACGAUUCUGGUACCCUGUUUGGCAUAUUAAACGGCACGUAUGAAAUUAAGCAAGAAGCCAUUGCCAUCCGAGAAAUGGAGAUUGCUGCAGCAGAUUAUGUUGGAGUAUCACCCUUGGGGUCCGGUAGUGAUUACACAGUGUUUUUACAAAGAAGUGGCAUACCGAGCACCAAUGGCGGUUUCAGCUCUACACUUCACGAUCCAGUCUACCAUUAUCACUCAGUUUUUGAUUCUGAAAGGUGGCAAGAAUUGUAUGCUGACCCUGGGUUCCACCGCCACGUUGCAGUUGCUAAACAUCUCGGCCUACAAACUUUGCGAUUAGCAACGUCUGCCCUCCUUCCGUUUAAUACGACCCAUUAUGCUUUCGAGCUGGAGUCUUACCUUGAUAGAGUGGAAAGCAUUGCCUCUCAGGCAUCUAUUGAUGUUAAUUUGGACCCGUUGAGGAGCUCUAUAAGGAACCUCCAGAAAUCCAGCAUUGCCCUUGACAAGGAAAGGACGAAAGUGCAAAAAGAACUCCAAAAAUUGGCCAAGAAAUGGAGAAAACGUCACUCGAAAAUGCGACGCACUAUACGAAAGUUCGUAUGUAAAAUCAAAAAGAUAUUCAAACGCGAGUGUUUCUGUAGUCAUCAGUUCGCCAAUCCGGAGCAAUCACGCCACACAGAGUUGGCUGAAGAUGAUGCAGCACUUGUCGGCAUGAUGCUGCAUGAAGGGAUCGGAGGGGCUCAUUACGUUGCUGAGAGCUUGCAGGCACUCAAUCUUCAUCACAAACCCCCUUUGGAGCGGCUGAGAAAGCUUGGUAGGCGUAUACAGAUCGUGAACAAGAAAGCAUCCUCGUUUGAACGUGGCUUCAUCUCCAAGGAUGGUAUUAAAGACAGAGAAUGGUACAAACAUUUAGCGGUUGCUCCUGGAAAAUGGCUCGGUUACGGUGCCACCACCUUUCCAGGUCUGACAGAGGCCAUCACAUUCGAGAAAAAUGCGACAUUGGCCCAAAGUGAAGCUGACCGUCUCCAAGAACUCAUUGAUAGAAUCGUGGAUAAGGUCGCAAUAUGA